ACCGCGAGAUAAAAAGAGAAGACCAACAGUUACGGUAAUGCUCUCAAACCCUAACAUUUUCAAGAACAGAAGAGAGAUUAAAUGGUUAAUCUCAUUCGGAAGUUCGCAAAACGGGUUGGUCGACCAGGAAUACAAAUUUGGAGAGGGGAAGAUAUGAUAAGCUCAUUACCUGAUCAUUUGCUAUAUCGUAUACUUGGUUUUCUUACAACCGAGGAAGCUGUUUGGACAAGUGUUUUGUCUUCUAGAUGGAGAAAUCUCUGGAAAUGGGUUCCUACGUUAGAAUUAGACACGUCUGAUUUCCCAUUCCCUUGUGACAAAACUUGUGCGGCUUUCAUCGACAAGUUUCUGAAUUUCCAGAGCGAUUCCUACUUGCGCGAAUUCAAGUUAAGAAUUGACCAUAGAAGUGAUGUAUCUCUUUAUGAGCCGUGUCUCGGUGUAGUGAUUAAGAAGCCCAAUAUUCGACAUUUCCAAGUUGAGAGUGAUCUGCUUGAACAUUGGAACACCAAUGAGAUUCCAUUAACCCUUUCUGCGUGCGAGGCAUUGGUGUGCUUAAAGCUCCAUUUAGUAAGGCUUAAUGAUUUUGAGUCUCUUUCUUUACCCUGUCUCAAGAUCAUGUACUUGGAAGACGUUUUCUUUCCUAGCGAUGCGGCUGUAGAGAUGCUAAUCUCUUGCUCUCCGGUUCUUGAAGAUUUAAAAAUAUCUCUCAAUAGAUAUGAUGAUGUCGUUGUUUUACGUGUCUACUCACAGUCGCUAAAGAGCUUCACUCUAAAACGGAAGGAUCCUGUUUAUGCUAUAAACGGUGCACAUACAGUGUUGGUCGAUACUCCGAGGCUUGAGUAUAUGAGUCUCAUGGAUUACCAAUUCAAAAGCUUCAAGAUAUUAAGUAUGAGUGACUCUGUCAAGGUUGAUCUUGAUGUCAACUUUGAGCUGAUGCGUGAUAACUUAUCGGAAAGAAAUAUCAUCUAUAAUCUUCUCAACAAUUUUUCAGGUGUUAGAGAUGUGACCAUCUCAUGGAAAACUCUUAAGUUUAUCUAUAGUUUGCAGGACAUGAACCUACUACCCAAAUUUCACGACUUGACCCGUUUGCGUGCUACUAUGUUCUCGAACGCCUCUCUGGAAGUGUUGCCAAUCGUUCUUGAGAGCUGCCCGAAGCUGAAACACUUCACCUUGGAAUUGGUUAAUGAUUAUCCAGUGGCAGUAAUAACUAGACUCUCAAAUGUGCUGUCUCAUUGUUUGGUAUCGUCUCUUGAAACCGUUGAAAUGGAAAGCCCGAUCACGGAGAAAGCAACCGAGCUGAAACUGGCUAGAUACUUUCUGGAGAACUCAGCAACACUCAAGAAGCUUGUUCUACGUCUGAAUCAUGAGUCUACUGGAGAGAAACACGAGCCUGGUGUCCUGAAACAACUCAUUGAAUCUCCAAGACGCUCUAGUUUGUGUCAAUUUGAAGUUCUUCCAGUGCCUCCAAAUCCGGAACCGUGGUGGAUUUAUGUAAAACCACAGAGGUUCUAAACCCAAUUUGAAGUUCUUUAGUGCUAUUGCUGAUGAAAUUCUCAUGGCUUCCUUUUAUGUUGCUCUGUUUUUGUUAUGUCUAUGUUGUAACCUACAUCAAAGUUGCAUUCGACAAAGGGAGGCUAGACGGUCUAGUCCAAAACUUUACCACUACCUCAUGCCAUUCUUUUACAUCGCUUGGGCUUGUAAAACUACUUUGUAUGAAUUUUCAUGGAUGUUGUUAUUAAAGAUAUAAUUAUUUAAGAGUCUUCUGGA